AUAAACAAAAUGGCCAUACCUUUCUAUGAAAAUGAGGAGCAAUUGCAAACACAGCAGCAUCAUGUAUCGCAAGAAAUAGAUCAAGUUGAUGGACCCCUAAUAACUAAUCAGAAUAUAACACAAAAUCAAAGCUUCCAUAGCUCUUAUAACAAUGAGCCUCAGGCGGAAAAUCAUCACUUUAAUCAUGAUCCUAUAACCGAAGAAGAUUUAAUGGCUUGGAAAAUUUUAGCCUUGGCCAUGUGUAAAGCCUUAAAGGAUCAUUACCAACAAAAUAUGUCUACUCAGAGUCCAGCAACAACCUCAACACCCGCCGCCAAUACAGAAUCUUCUACAGCUGUCAUACAAAUUCUACCCAAUGGUCAAGUGAAACCUCAAUGGCAGUAAACAAAACGAAAAUGGAAAUGAUUUUAUAAACUAAAGCAAAAUUGUGAUGUGAUGUUUUUGUGGAAAUAUUUAAUAUUGUAUAAUUUUUAUUUUUUUGGAAAGCCUGCCUUCCUAAACGAAAACACCGUCGGCAUAAUAAUUAAGGAUUUAAAUUAAAUCCUAUAGUAUUAAACUAAAUAAAGCACAAUUGUGAUAGUCAAUUUUUAAACUAAACUAAAAUAAUUUAUGA